AGAUCCCGGCGCGUCAUGGUCUCUUCUCCAUCAUCCUCAUCACCUAUGCUACAGGGCCGAAGCAGUCCUCCGCUGGCUUUUCUUGUCCAUUCGCCGACCACAGUUGCCAAUUCCCUCCCUCCAGAUGUCGACAAUAAGCCGCUUGCUCGUCAGAAGCGGAGACGCACCAGCAAAGAGGACGAGGACGUGCUAAAGGCCGAAUAUCGCAAGAACCCCAAGCCUGACAAGGCAACACGUCUCGACAUUGUGUCCAGAGUCGCCUUGGGCGAGAAGGAGGUCCAGAUCUGGUUUCAGAAUAAACGUCAGAACGAUCGCCGUCGCUCACGUCCGCUCGACUCAUCCUCUACUCCGGCUUACAUGUCUUCUUCUUCCUUGAUGUCGGACCCUCCAGCCGCCGGGGACGACCUGAGUGCGCGUGUUGUGCGGAUGCCAGACGAGCGCGACGAGCCAAAGGAACAGGAUGCCCCGCGCGGGAAUAGCGCCGAGGAUGCAGCAGUAGCAGCAACAGCAGCAGCAGAAGCCCCUGCGUCAUCAACAACGACAGCAGUAGAAUUGCCCAACGCUGAAGUACAUGCAACCAGGAAUUCCGACGAGAAUGACAUCCAACCUAACAACGAGACCCACGAGCACCAGGUUCUCGAAUCAGGCGAAAUUCCGCACCAAGCGGAAUCUCAGGACACCGUCAUCUCAGCCUCCAACCCUCUCUCAACAGACCCUCAUACUGUCGAUACGGACCCUACCGACAUUCACACUCAACAAUCGCAACCAGCUUCCCAGGACGCCCCGCAAUCCCGCACUUCCUGGAUCGCAAACCGCCGGAGCGCAUCCUUUGUUCGCAAUAUCGAAGAUUACGCCCCCGAAGUCAUCACCUUUCCCAAAUCCGAUCAACAUGUCGCACAAACAACUUCCUCACCUGUAGCGGAGGAGCUCCUCCCCUCUUCUACGAAAUCGCUCAAACGAGCUCACUCGUUCGUUCGCAUAUCGACAAACGAAGAUGGCACGGCCCGCGUUGUAACCGACCUUGAUAAAACACCUUCUCCACCACACUCCCGGUCCAGCCAAAAAGCGUUUUCUCGAGCCGCUGCCGGCAUUCGGAGAAGCUAUAGUGCUGCCGGUUUGAACGAGCGGUUGCAUGCUGCGAGGGAAGGUCGGAGCCCAAAAAUUCCCCGCACAGCUUCCAACAUCGGUCGGAGCAGAGAUUCACGUGCGUGGGAAUUUUGGUGUGAUCCAGAUACUCGCAACAACACUACCUUGACAACGCGCGCAGAGCAGGAAGUAAGUGGCAGCGCUGCGGACGCGAUUGGGCUGCUCCGGGCAAAUAGGAAAAUCCUGGCACAAAAUAAUGCGCGCCAAAAUACCCCAAUCACGUCCCGCCAUCAAUCUCAGAAGAUCUCGAGUCAGAGCGGCAUCAAGAAAGCCCGGGGACCCAUGAAGCGAGCUGCUACAUCUUUUGGGCGAUUACAGUCCAAGGGAGAUCUAAAAGAUUCUGGCGGCAGCGAAUCCGACGAUCUACCACAGACCGAAUCCGACAAAGAGAAUUGGGAACCCGAGCACACUCCAGCACGACGCAAUAAGCACGUCGGCCAGCCCUAUAGUUCUCAACGACCUCGUCAGAUACUGGGCGAAAAUCUGGAUAUCAUGUCACAAAGCCAAAGCCUAGGCGCUCUGAUAGACAAGGAUAAGGGCAAUACACCACGCAAAGGCGUGAGGCGAAGCUUGGAUCCCGAGGAAGACGAGGAGUUGAGGGCAUUCAUGAACGGCGAUGACCACAGUGAAAGAACGGCCGUCAGCUCAGCAGAAGAAGCUGGCUGUGUUGAGGGAUUACUCAAGUUGAGCCAAGGUGAAUGGCGGUAG